AUGACCUCAACCGUGCUGAAAUUUUCCCUCGAGAUUGCCAAAGAAGAUGACUUUCUCGAGCUCAUAACCGCACAGUGGAAAACGUUUGACAAUCCCCCGCAGGGCAUUUUUCGCCUCUUCUUCCCCAUCGAAGAUGGCGAUUGGGAGAAGAGCCUGCAGAGAAGUAUCCAGGACCAGCGCACGUCAUUCAUCAAGGAGCAGCCGACCGUCAAGUGGAUCAAGGUCAUGGAUGUAGAGACGGAACGGAUCGCGGCCGCUGCCAAAUGGUAUUUUUUCGACAAUGCCAGCGCUAAAGCCAAAUACCCACCGGUCGAGGUUGAUUGGUAUCCCAAAGGGGUGAUCAGGAACUUUGUGACUCAGGCCGUGCAGCAAUAUGAGCAGCCACGGCAUGAUAUGGGCCAAGGGCCACAUGCAUGCAAACCGGAGUAUCAAAAGCAAGGUCUCGGUAGUAAGUGGAUGGAAUGGGGGCUGGCAGAGGCGGACCGAUUGGGGCUGGAGACCAGACUGGAUGCUACUGAUUCGGGCGUACCUCUGCACGAAAAGUACAACUUUCAGGUAGCCAAGGUGCAUGAAUUGAGGCCGGCAAUGCCCGCGAGCCUGACGAGGAGUGAGAUGCGGGAAUGGAAACGCUGCGAAGAGGAAUUUCUACCCAUUCGCACCACUGUGAUGGUGCGCUUCCCAGGUGGAGUUCCCGCUGCAAGCAUGGAGGUUCAAGGAAGUCAGUAA